UUUAGAUUUAUCACAGCAAUCACAUCGACACUUGAGAACGAGUCUAGAGAUGUCGACACAAGCGAACGAUCCACGGCAGCCGUCGGCGGCGAAGCCUUUUGUUUCUCCGGCUGUGAACCCGCAAGAUCUUCCCGUCGAUUAUUCCGGUUUCAUCGCCGUAGUUUUUGGCAUCGCUGGCGUCAUGUUCAGGUACAAGCUUAGCUCUUGGCUAGCUAUCAUAUUCUGCGCUCAAUCGCUUGCGAAUAUGAGGAACAUGGAGAACGAUCUCAAGCAGAUUUCCAUGGCUAUGAUGUUUGCCAUCAUGGGAUUGGUAACGAAUUACUUGGGUCCUGCACGACCAGGAACAAAGAGUUGAGACUCCUCGCUCAGAAUGGUUCUGAUGUAUUUCCUUUUUUUUUUUUUUUUUUUUUCCUCCUCGGCUUAAUCUAAGUUAGGAUCUUUUUAUGGUUGGUGACUCCUUUUUAUAUUAUGUUUUUAAAGAAGAAUGUUGGCCGACAGUAUUCCAGAGGAAAGUGACUAGAUUACUCUUCCCAUCCAGUAGUAGAUACAUAGUGUGGAGCUGAGUGAGACGCUACAAUAAAUAGAAUUUUCUUCAGCAUCCAUAUUUACUUGAA